CUUUACUCCUAAACAAAUCACAAAGCAAAAUCCCUAAAGAGCUCUCAUAUUUCAGAAAAUUGCUGCAAUCCGCCGAAGCUUUUUUGGAGCCCUAAAAAUGGAGAAGAUAGGAGUUGCAAUGACCGAUCCAAUGGUGAGUUACCUCGAAAAACAGCUUGAACAACGCUUCAAUCUCUUCAAGCUCUGGAUUCAUCCUCUCAACUCCGAUUACCUUCAGCAACACGCGCAAUCGAUCAGAGCAGUAGUCGUCAGUUCCAGUUCCGGCGCCGACGCAAAUUUGAUCGACGCUUUGCCGGCUUUGGAAGUCGUAGCGAGCUUCAGUGUGGGAAUCGACAAAAUUGAUUUGGCGAAAUGCGUGGAGAAGGGGAUUAGGGUUACCAAUACGCCCGAUGUGUUGACCGAUGAUGUCGCCGAUGCCGCAAUUGGUCUGGCCAUUGCGGUUUCGAGGAGGAUUUGUGAGUGCGAUCGGUUCGUCCGGAGUGGAUCGUGGACCAAAGGCGAUUUUGGAUUGGGAACGAAGUUCAGUAAAAAAUCAGUAGGAAUUCUUGGGUUGGGAAGGAUCGGCUUAGCCAUUGCCAAGAGAGCUGAAGCAUUUGGGUGCUCCAUCAGUUAUUGCAGUAGGAAUGAUAAGCAUCACAGUGUUUACAAAUACUUCCCCACCGUCCUAGACUUGGCCGCAAACUCCCAGUUUCUGUUUGUGGCAUGCAAUCUGACCCAACAAACUAACCACAUUAUCAAUCGAGAAGUAAUCGAUGCAUUGGGGCCAAAUGGCUUUCUUAUCAAUGUUGGACGAGGCGCUCACGUCGAUGAAUCGGAGCUCAUCUCUGCCUUGCUCAAUGGUUGUUUGGCUGGGGCAGGACUAGAUGUAUAUGAAAACGAGCCCCAUGUACCUAAACAGUUGCUCGAGCUUCAAAAUGUAGUCCUAUUGCCUCACGUUGCAUCGGAUACCAACGAGACUAGCACUGCAAUGGCUGACCUUGUAAUUCGAAACUUGGAGGCACAUUUCAAGGAUGAGCCUCUACUUACUCCCGUAACUUAUUAUGAAAAAAAAAAAUUACUCUUCAAAAAUAAAACUAAAUUUCAAAAUUGCUCCCAUAUGUUAGGGGAUUGUUGCAGUGCGCUGGAACUUUUGGCUGCCCUGAAAAUGGAGAAGAUAGGAGUUGCAAUGACCACUCCAAUGUUCACUUACCUCGAAAAACAGCUUGAACAACGCUUCAAUCUCUUCAAGCUCUGGAUUCAUCCUCUCAACUCCGAUUACCUUCAACAAAACGCGAAAUCGAUCAGAGCAGUAGUCGGCUGUACCAAGAUCGGCGCCGACGCCAAUUUGAUCGACACUUUUCCGGCGUUGGAAAUCGUAGCGAGCUUCAGUGUGGGAAUCGACAAAAUUGAUUUGCCCAAGUGCCGGGUGAAGGGAAUUAGGGUUACUAAUACACCCGAGGUGUUGACCGACGAUGUUGCGGAUGCCGCAAUUGGACUGGCCAUUGCGGUUUCGAGGAGGAUUUGUGAGUCUGACCGGUUCGUCAAGAGUGGAUCGUGGACGAAAGGCGGUUUGGGAUUGGGAACGAAGUUCAAUGGUAAAUCAGUUGGAAUUGUUGGAUUGGGAAGGAUUGGUUCUGCCAUUGCCAAGAGAGCUGAAGCAUUUGGUUGCUCCAUAAGUUAUUGCAGUAGGAAUGAAAAGCAUCACAGUGGUUACAAAUACUUUCCCAGCGUCGUAGACUUGGCUGCAAAUUCCCAGUUUCUGUUUGUGGCAUGCAAUCUGACCCAAGAAACUAAGCACAUUAUCAAUCGAGAAGUAAUUGAUGCAUUGGGGCCAAAUGGCAUUCUUAUCAAUGUUGGGCGAGGUGCUCACGUCAAUGAAUCUGAGCUCGUCUCCGCGCUACUCGAAGGUCGUUUAGGAGGGGUAGGGCUAGAUGUAUUUGAAAACGAGCCCCAUGUACCUGAACAAUUGCUUGAGCUUGAGAAUGCAGUUCUUCUGCCUCAUGUGGGAACGGAUACCAUUGAGACCACCAUUGCAAUGGCGGACCUCGUGAUUGGAAACUUGGAGGCACAUUUCAGGAACGAGCCUCUGAUUACUCCUGUGAUUUGAUUUUUCCUUACUUCUAGACAUCUCCCCGUAGUCUUUGAUACAUUUGAGCUAGAAUGUUAAAACUAUUGUUGUUUUAUAUGGUCUCUCUUGUUUCCC